UCUCCACGCAUCUUGUUCUAUAUAAGCUCCACAAAUAUAAACCAAACCCAAACCAAAACUUGAGUUUCUUAUCAAGGUUGAAUUGAAAUGGCUUCCGAAACAACCAAUGAUCCUUAUCCUCUUCACUUUGUUCUCUUCCCUUUCAUGGCCCAAGGCCACAUGAUUCCCAUGAUUGAUAUUUCAAGGCUCUUGGCUCAGCGGGGUGUCAUGGUAACAAUUGUUACGACGCCUCUCAAUGCAAGGAGGUUCAAAAAUGUCCUGAACCGUGCCAUUGAGUCUGGCUUGCCCAUCAACCUAGUGCAAGUCAAGUUUCCAUAUCAAGAAGCUGGUUUGCAAGAAGGACAAGAGAAUAUCGAUUCUCUAGAAACGAUGGAGCGGAUGGUACCGUUCUUUAAAGCGACUAACUUGCUCGAAGAACCAGUUCAGAAGCUCAUUGAAGAGAUGAGCCCUCGACCAAGCUGUCUAAUCUCCGAUAUGUGUUUGCCGUAUACAAGCAAAAUCGCCAAGAAGUUCAAUAUACCAAAGAUCGUCUUCCAUGGCAUGGGUUGCUUUUGUCUUCUGUGUGUUCACGUUGUACGCAAGAACCGUGAUAUCUUGGAGAAUUUAAAGUCUGAUGAGGAGUAUUUCACUGUUCCAAAUUUUCCUGAUAGAGUCGAGUUUACAAGAACUCAAGUUCCGGUGGAAACAUAUGUUCCUGGAGAGUGGAAAGAGUUCGUGGACGUUUUGGUAGAAGCGGAUAAGACAUCUUAUGGUGUGAUAGUCAACACAUUUCAUGAGCUCGAGCCUGAUUAUGUCAAAGACUUCAAGGAGGCAAGGUCCGGUAAAGCAUGGACCAUUGGACCCGUUUCCUUGUGCAAUAAGGCGGGAGCAGACAAAGCUGAGAGGGGAAACAAAUCAGACAUAGAUCAAGAUGAAUGUCUUAAAUGGCUUGAUUCUAAGGAACCGGCCUCUGUGCUCUACGUUUGCCUUGGAAGUAUCUGCAAUCUUCCUCUGUCUCAACUCAAAGAGCUAGGGCUAGGCCUUGAGGAAUCCCAAAGACCUUUCAUUUGGGUCAUAAGAGGUUGGGAGAAAUACAAAGAUUUAGUUGAGUGGUUCUCGGAAAGCGGAUUUGAAGAAAGAAUCAAAGACAGAGGACUUAUUAUCAAAGGAUGGUCUCCUCAAGUCCUUAUCCUUUCACAUCAUUCCGUUGGAGGGUUCUUAACGCACUGCGGAUGGAACUCGACUCUCGAGGGGAUAACCGCUGGUCUACCGCUGCUUACAUGGCCGCUAUUCGCAGACCAGUUCUGCAACGAGAAACUGGUCGUGCAGGUAUUAAAAACUGGUGUAAGAGCCGGGGUUGAGAAGCCUAUGAAAUGGGGAGAAGAGGAGAAGAUAGGAGUGUUGGUGGAUAAAGAAGGAGUGAAGAAGGCAGUGGAAGAGUUAAUGGGUGAGAGUGAUGAUGCAAAAGAGAGAAGAAGAAGAGCCAAAGAACUUGGGGAAUUAGCUCACAAGGCUGUGGAUGAAGGAGGCUCUUCUCAUUCUAAUAUCACAUUCUUACUACAAGACAUAAUGCAACUAGCACAAUCCAAUAAUUGAUUAUACCUCAUCUUUCCAUGAAAAUUUAAUAGAUUUUUUUGUUUCUUUUUGAGAAAUUUAAUUGGAUGGAUUAGUUACACACUUGUACGAAUCAGCGGAAGACAAACAUAGUGAUAACUUUCACUUUCUGGAGUCAAAUUCCAAAAAGUUGGCUUAAAGUUCGUUUAUAGAAAUAUAUAAAGUUAAGGCUGCGCUUAA